CUUCCGACAUCACAACCAUCCGUGUUACUAGUUACACUUCAGCGCAUUGGUGAACCCACUGCGGCUUUUCUUUUCUAACAUGUCUCUUACGGCUCGAGAACGCCGCAACCCUCCAAGUCGGCGGAAGUCCUGUACAGCUUGCACAAAAGCUAAGCGGCGCUGCGACUUUGCUCUACCCGCAUGUCUCCGAUGCUCUCAAAGACAGAUAUCUUGCCAAUAUCCGACAAGGACGAUACGGGGACAGUUGACCCCUCAGUCUGAAUCGCCAGAGACAGUAUCACCUUGUCUAUUAAGUAAUGAAUCGUCCCCUGAAGUUUCUGGCAGCUUUCCCAUUAGCGGGUCAAUCAUUGAAGAUUUCAAUGCCAUCAUCUCAAGAAUUGAUGCAAGCUCCAAUGGCCUGGAUACGUUUGAUCUGCCACUAGAAGAUGUGGCACUAGAACUUGCUCAACAGCCUUUGACAUUAACUGGCCCGUCGACGCAAGAUUUUGGGAAUGUCUCAGCACAUAUCUUGAAUCGCCUUCAGUGGGCUGUCGAUGAGAUCAAAGAAGCUCCAAAGAAGAUGGUUCUUGAGAAUCAAACACCGUGGUGUCAUCCACUCCUAUAUAAAGAUGCUAUGCCUCGGUCUAUGCAGGAUGCCCACUCCUCUUGUGCGUUAUACAUGGCCAAGAACCGUGUCAAUUCACCCAUCAUAUUUCGUAGCAUAGAAUCUCGCGUCAACGACCUACUCUCAGCGCCGCCACCAAUAACGCCUCUGGACUGUCUGGCUCAUACCCAGGCUCUCAUCCUUUACCAGAUAAUAAGGCUCUACGACGGCGACAUAGGUGCCCGUACAUCAGCAGAACGAAUUAUUCCAGCCAUAGAAGCUUCCGCAAUAUCAUUGUUCUCCUAUGCCCAGUUUGACAUCGAGGGCACACCUGGCACGCUUCCGCUAUACCCUAUAGCCCCGACAAAAGCCUUCUGGCAAGAUUGGAUUCUCCAGGAGUCCCUACGCCGGACUCUCUUAUUCUCAUUCUAUCUUGUACAAACAUAUCGUAUCAUGUCCGGCUGCAAAAUGCUCCAAUGUGAUGGAAGGCUUGGUUUAUGCCACUCAUGGACACUGUCAGCAUAUUUAUGGAAUGCUAUGACUCCAUUGGGAUUUGCUGAGGCAUGGAGAGAUAAGGACCACUAUGUGGUGACGAAUGCCAUCUUUAAUGGUGUUCUCGCUGAGGCAGAGGCGGAUGAUAUAGAUGUCUUUGGAAAGAUUAUGAUUUCAAGUUUAUUGGGACGAGAUGAGGCUGAGGGUUGGUUUGCAAGCAAAGGUGGGAAAUUGUAGAAGGUCAAUCAAGAUUCAGCGAAGCCCAGGCGCUGGAUGAUAAGAAACACAAGGCAAGGCAAGUGUUGAGAAAUGGUCUUAUGGAUACGACUUCGAAUCCACAGUUUAGUUUUAUAUCUCUUCACCCUGGGCAAUAUCGCAUCAUGAUAACAAAAUGUUCCUCACCCUCUUCGAUAGUGCGCUAGUUCUAGAUUCGCGAAGUCGACAUGAAAUGCAUUAUCGCCAACAUCUAUAAGCAACAGCGGGUUUAGCUCAGUUGGGAGAGCGUCAGACUGAAGUCAAACUUCGGG